UCUCGCGCGCCGGAAGCGGAAGCGGCGGGUCUCCAUGGCGGCGCCGGCAGCGGGCCCGGUGUUCUGGAGACGGCUGCUGGGCCUGCUCCCUGGCCGGCCCGGGCUGGCCGCGCUUCUGGGCCGGCUCUCCGACCGCCUGGGCAGGAGCCGGGAGCGCCGGCGCCGGAGGUCACCAUGGCUGUUACUGGCUCCCUUGCUGUCCCCAACUGUUCCUCAGAUCACCUCCCCACCUUGCUGCCUAUGUCCCGAGGGUGUGCACAGGUUUCAGUGGAUCAGAAACCUGGUCCCGGAAUUCGGAGUCCCCAGCUCUCACGUCAGGGUGCUUUCUUCCCCUGCAGAGUUCUUCGAGCUCUUAAAGGGGCAGAUAAAAACAGCCAAGAGGCGAGUCGUGAUGGCAUCCCUCUACUUGGGGACAGGACCUUUGGAGCAGGAACUGGUGGAUUGUCUGGAGAGUUCUCUGGAGAAGUCACUACAAUCCAAGUUUUCUUCCGACCUCAAGGUCUCCAUCCUCCUGGACUUCACCCGUGGCUCCAGAGGGAGGAAGAACUCGCGCAGCAUGCUGCUCCCACUGCUGCAGAGGUUUCCAGAGCGCGUGCGUGUCUCCCUCUUCCACACACCAAACCUCCGAGGACUCCUCCGACUCCUUAUCCCUGAGCGCUUCAACGAGACCAUCGGACUCCAGCACAUCAAGGUGUACCUCUUUGACAACAACGUCAUCUUGAGUGGUGCAAACUUGAGUGACUCCUACUUCACCAACCGCCAGGACCGCUAUGUGUUCUUACAAGACUGUGCUGAGAUCGCAGACUUCUUCACAGAGCUGGUGGAUGCGGUGGGGGAUGUGUCCCUGCAGCUGCAGGGGGAUGACACCGUGGACGUUGUGGAUGGCAUGGUGCACCCUUACAAAGGUGACCGGGCUGCAUACUGCAGAGCAGCUAACAAACGGGUCAUGGACGUGAUCCACUCAGCCAGAACCCGACAACAGAUGCUGCAUGCACAGACCUUCCACAGUGAGACUCUGCUGAGUCAGGAAGAGGCUGCGGCUGCUGGGGACCGGAGACCAGCACCAGACACCUGGAUUUACCCACUGAUCCAGAUGAAGCCCUUUGAGAUUCAAAUAGAUGAGAUAGUCACUGAGACCCUGCUGACAGAAGCUGAGCGGGGAGCUAAGGUCUUCCUCACCACUGGCUACUUCAACCUGACCCAGGCCUACAUGGACCUGGUGCUGGGCACUCGAGCAGAGUAUCAGAUCCUCCUAGCCUCACCAGAGGUGAAUGGCUUCUUUGGAGCCAAGGGCGUGGCGGGCGCCAUCCCAGCUGCCUAUGUGCACAUCGAGCGACAGUUCUACAGCGAAGUAUGCAGCCUGGGGCAGCAGGACCGGGUCCAGCUGCAGGAGUACUGGCGCAGGGGAUGGACCUUUCAUGCCAAAGGCCUCUGGCUGUACCUGGCAGGGAGCAGCCUGCCCUGCCUCACGUUGAUUGGCUCUCCUAAUUUUGGGUACAGGUCAGUUCACCGGGACCUAGAAGCCCAGAUUGCCAUCGUGACGGAGAGCCGAGCCCUGCAGCAGCAGCUCCAUCAGGAGCAGGAGCAGCUCUACUUGAGAUCAGGCGUGGUGUCGUCUGCGACCUUUGAGCAGCCAGGUCGGCAGGUGAAGCUGUGGGUGAAGAUGGUGACCCCACUGAUCAAGAACUUCUUCUGACAAGAGGGAUGGCCUUGAUGAAGACGACAGGCAUGACUGGCGUGAGGUCCUUUAGCCGUGCUUCAGCAAUGACUCCGGUCUGGGUGUCCCAGCGAGCUCCUGUGGGCACAACGUAGCUGAUGGCCUGGGU